AUGAGCGGUGUCACCUUCAUUGGGCAAGCACCUUCAGAGAUGGUUGCGCCCGAAAAUGAUCUCAUUCCCGAACUACCCAAUCCACCUCAUCAUGGCCAUCUGCAGCGACAGUCCUCGGGCUCGUCUGCACAAGGAGUUAGUGCUGCUGCUGCACUGUGGCACGACAGCAACAAUAACAACAACGGCUCCAAUCGACGUUCAGUGAUCACACACGCCACAUCUUCAGGCGCCAAUCUUCAGGCACCGACACAUGACCGGAACAACAAUCCACUGAAUGAGAAUGUCAGCAACGGCAGCAUCGAUGGUACGCCCUCUGAUGCCGUGACACCCUCUUCACACGAGAAUCCCAAAGGACAGCAGCACUUCUCUAGCCAAUCUUCUUCGGCUUCAGUUGAAUCGUUGACCGACGCAGACGCACAGUCAAUUGAGAAUGGCAGCCAGAUGUCUGACACGCAGUCAAUUGAUUCCACGGCAGCUACUAUUGACUCUACCUCCGAAGCUUCGCUGGCUGUCUUUCGAGGCCCAGUGGCUACCUCUUCCUCCAGCUCUGCUGACAUGUCUGCUGGAUAUCGUCACCAGCACCAUCAUUCUCAGGGUGUUCCGGCGUUUGUCGAGGACAAUACGCAACAGAUCUUGCAGUUGCAAGCGGCUGCUUUUCGUGAACGAUCUCAAUCACAAUCCUCACAGGCUUCAUCGGUCUCUCCGAACGGUGUCACACAAGUUCAACAAUGCCCAAACAAUGUCAACACUGCACAGCAAAACAGUCCAUCCAACGCUGGCUUGCAAUCACCGUCAGUGACUGCCAAUGCUGCGAACCAGUCACCAAGUCAGCAAUCUCAUCUUGUUAACCUUCCUACCGCUAGCGGCCUUAGAAAUCAGUCUAUUAUGUUUGCGCCAGUAAUGUUUCAGCAGCAAGACGCCAAUCAAAGAACGCCCAGACAUAAUCAGUCGUCACAGCAGUCUACCUCGUCUUCCCCUUUGGCGAAUGUAAAUCAAAAUGUUCCUGUAAGUGGAGGCAACAAUCAGCCGCCAAGCCGCCGUGUUUGCUUGAGGCGUAGUUCUUCAAAUAAUGUCAGCUCUCUGCCAACAUAUCCUCCUCGUGAUGGAUACGGCUCUACGCCUCCUGCUCAAGUGGGCUCGCUGCUUUCGCCGCGUUAUCCUCUGGUUUUGGCCGGUAGCAGUUCGGUGGGAAACUUCACUGAAAUGUUUGGCGAUAUCUUGGAGCAAUUCGCUGUGAAUCCUCAGGUUCCACAAGUGGCACUUAUUGCUCAAGUACCGCCACAGAUUCAGCUGCAGUCGCAAGCACCACCGCCGUACAGGCCUAACGUCAGCCAUCAUCAUCUGAACAACACUACCUCAAACGGACCUGUGCCCCAGCCUCAACAGCAACCGCCUAUCCAUUUUCGCUAUCGAAGUGGAGAUGGAUCGCGUAGUGCUAGUGGAAACUCUGUGCGCGUCAAUUCGGGCAAUCGACGUCUCACCUUUCCUACCUGUCCAUAUGCUCAUCUUGCUUCGCGCCCUCCUAAUNAUCGCGUAGCAGCCAACCGGUACUUGGCGGAAACUCAAAUGUAUGGUCAGCAACAUCAACAGCCACCGCAUCAGCAGCAGCAGUCACAGCAGCAGAUUCAAUCGCAGCAGCAGCCUCAGCAGACUAACUUUCAGUCAUGUCCUGCCUUACGGCGAAGUGGUGGUGGGGGGUCAUCGCAAGCACAAGGNCAUCAGCACCAGCCACAGCAGCAGCAGUCACAGCAGCAGAUUCAAUCGCAACAGCAACCUCAGCAGACUAACUUUCAGUCAUGUCCUGCCUUACGUCGAAGUGGUGGUGGGUCAUCGCAAGCACAAAAUGCCGUGGAUAGCUUCACUCAACGCUUCAACCAGGCAGGCUACAAUGCUUCACCGCAGCAGUCGGCGCCUCAGCCACAGGCCAAUAGCACUUACCAUCGUAAUGCAUACCCCAGUCAUGCACUGCUUACUCCUGAAAUUCUGCACCGAACGAUUGCUCAAGCGCCAAACGUCAUUCCUCUGAUUGUGCCAGGCAAUUCGGCACCACCUCAAGCUCAAGGUCAACAGACAGGCAAUCUGAAUUCAGGCCGAAGCUCGCAUCCAGUGAUGCUCACCGCCGCUACCUAUCCGAACAUCUACCCACAGCUGAUGAUGUUCAUGGCCAGUCUGCUGACCCAUCCACCGGCGAACAACGCCAUUUCAUUCUCAACAGCACCACCACCACCCCCUCCUCCGGCUCAGCCACAGGCAGCAAUUCAUCCUGGUCAUGGAAACAUUAAUCAGUACGCAAACCGAGCUGGAACAUCAAACGGCAAUGUGAAUAGCCAACAAAGUGGACAGUCAGGACAGGCCAACUCCCAGGCUUAUGGUCACUCGCACUACCAAGGACCACCACCGGCAGCGCAGGGAGCCUCUCAGGCGUUGCCACCGAAUGGAGCUCCCUACAGUUUGCCGUCCAUUCCAAUUCCGGCAGCCUACUACACGCAUCAGCCUACUACUUCGAGCCACCGAGUGAACUCGGGCGUCUUGCCACUGCCGCCGCAGCCUCAUCACCACCACCACCAUCACCACGGGUCACAAGGUCACAGGCUGUACCCAUUCUAUACCAGCAGCCGUCAUGCACACCAUCGUGGAUUCUUCAGUGAUCUGCACGAUCUCAGCAACUUUGCCCAGGCCAACUUUAACGGUAUGGCGCCACUGUUUCAAGAUUCCCCUGAAGCAGAAAACUACGAGGCUUUGCUUAGUCUGGCCGAGAGACUGGGCGAGGCGAAACCGCGUGGCCUCACCAAACAGGAGAUUGAUCAGCUGCCCUCGUACAAGUACAAGGGCUCCAAUGACGAGAGUGAUCAGACGAUGUGUGUCGUUUGCAUGUGUGACUUUGAAAUGAAGCAGAACUUGCGCGUUUUGCCCUGUUCGCAUGAAUUUCACACCCGAUGCGUCGACAAGUGGUUGAAGACCAACCGAACUUGCCCAAUCUGCCGACGUGAUUCCACUGUUUCCAGUCACGAAUCCGAUUAA